CUGAACUAAAUAUAUGAUCCUAAUUUGUUCCUGGUACUAAUUUAGAAGAGUGAACUCCGCUACUGAGAGAGUGAGUGUAACGUCCCUCCCUGCUCUUCCUCUCUCGCUAGUCAAAUGGAGUCUCGCGUCCUCUCAGGCGUCACCACCACCGCACGCGGCGUUCCGCUUCUGCGGAAGUCACUCGCAGCACCGAGGUGCACCGCCUUAAGCUUCCCCGCUGCAAAUUCAACCGUGGCUUGCAGCGUCGAGGCCGGAAAAUUGGUAUGGGGACGGCCGUUCAAGCUGGCUACUCUGCUCGAGUCUUCUCCGGCGAGCUCAAUUAUGCCGGUGAUGAGAAGGGAGAUUCUCCCUCCAUGUCCUGCCACAGCCAGUGAUUCGGGCAGGGAUGCUAAGGUCGGUCCCGUCGGGUUCGUGCAGAAAUACCCGACGCUUGUGACGGGGUUCUUCUUCUUCAUGUGGUAUUUCCUGAAUGUGAUCUUCAACAUUAUCAACAAGACGAUCUACAAUUACUUCCCUUAUCCUUAUUUUGUGUCUGUUGUACACUUGGCUGUUGGAGUGGUGUAUUGCUUGGUGAGCUGGUCUGUAGGCCUACCUAAGAGAGCUCCGAUCGAUUCGAAAGUCCUAAAGUUGCUUGUCCCGGUAGCUGUUUGUCACGCACUAGGCCAUGUGACUAGCAAUGUUUCAUUUGCUGCUGUUGCUGUCUCGUUCACCCACACAAUCAAAAGCUCUAGAGCCUUUCUUUAAUGCUGCUGCCUCUCAGUUUAUACUUGGACAACAAAUACCCUUGACAUUAUGGCUCUCACUCGCCCCUGUUGUUCUUGGCGUGUCGGUGGCUUCACUGACUGAGCUCUCUUUCAACUGGACCGGAUUCAUCAGUGCCAUGAUUUCAAACAUCUCUUUCACAUAUAGGAGUAUCUACUCCAAAAAAGCUAUGACUGAUAUGGAUAGCACUAAUGUAUAUGCCUACAUAUCCAUCAUUGCCCUCAUUGUCUGUAUCCCGCCGGCAUUAAUUUUCGAGGGACCUCAGUUAAUGAAGCAUGGGUUUAAUGACGCAAUCGCUAAAGUGGGCUUGACAAAAUUUCUAUCAGAUCUUUUCUGGGUGGGAAUGUUUUACCACUUGUACAAUCAGAUAGCCACGAACACCCUUGAGAGGGUAGCGCCUCUCACCCAUGCUGUUGGGAAUGUGCUCAAACGUGUUUUCGUCAUCGGAUUCUCCAUCAUUAUCUUUGGUAAUAAGAUUUCAACUCAGACUGGUAUCGGAACCUGUAUUGCAAUUGCUGGAGUUGCACUCUAUUCCUUCAUUAAGGCCAAAAUGGAAGAAGAAAAACGGAAAUUGAAAGCUGCCUGAGAUGGUAGAGAGCAUGAAAAAGAUUGUGAUAGUGAUUUAUUUUAAGAAUUUCCCAUCCAAUGAAAAGUUAAAAAGAAGCUAAAACAAUAAUCGAGUAUAUUCAUUGUAAUUGACUAAUUGUGUAGGCAGGCCUUUCACUUGACUAUUUUCUUUGAAGCAAACACAACUUUGUAAUACUGAACCAUAUAUAUCCCAUGGUUGAAAUCGUGUGCAGUGUGCUGUAGAUUAUAUUUAGUCACGGAAGUAUCAAUGUUUGCUUCCUAGAGAAACCACAAUGUAGCUGAGUUCUA